AACAACAUCCAGUCGUCUAGACGUCACAGCUGUGCCUGUGUCUCCAUUGUCCACAUAACAUGCUCCUAAAAAGAAAGCUGCCUUGUUUGUUGUAGUAAAUACGAACCACAGAUGGAUCGAAGUUUGAAACGGCGGCAGGUGAAGCCCCUUGCUGCUUCUCUCUUAGAUGCCUUGGAUUAUGACAGCUCAGAUGACAGUGACUUUGAAGUGGGAGAUGCCUCAGGAUCAGACGGCACAGGCAACGGCAGUGACGAGGAAGGGUCGAAAGUGAGUGCUGCAGGUUCGGAAAGUGACUCUGAAAAUGCUGGUUCUGUAGACGAUGCUAUAGAUGAAGAAGAGGCCAAAGACCUGGCUGCUGAGGACAACUUAACAGAAGAUGAAGAAAAGACCAACAAACAGCACCCUUCCUCAGACAGCUCCACCAAAGACACCCCUGCCGUCACCCCACCAAAAAGCAGACGCAAGAGCAAGAAGGCACCAGAGCCUGAGCCCGCUGCAGGUGCUGGCACCGAAUCCACCUCAACUACAGGCUCCGGCAGCGUGAACACAGAAGAGUCUCAGACCGAACCCAAGAAAUGGAACUUCCGCAGGAACCGCCCCCUGCUGGACUUCACCACCAUGGAAGAACUGAACGAGAUGGACGACUACGACAGCGAGGACGAUAAUGACUGGAGACCCACAGCAGGGAAGAAAAAAGGCAAAACAGCUGCUCAAAAAGGAGCUGAGGAAGAGGACGGUGGCAGCGCUAGCGACGACGACGACGACGAUAACGAUGAUGACGAAGACGAUGACGACGACGACGAUGAUGACGAUGACGACGACAAGGAGGAUGGUGAUGACAACAACAGUAGCAGUGACAGUGAAAAAGAAGUGAAGAAGCCCAAGAAGAAGGCUAAGAGCAUCAAUGCUUUUGAUGAAGAGUUGACUAAUGACAGCAUGUCCCAGGGAAAGGGCAAUGAGGAUGCCUUACUGGACCGUUCCCAAACCUGGAGCACUCAGCACAUUCUCAUCUGCUGUGUCUGUCUCGGAGACAACAGCGAGGAUGCAGAUGAGAUCAUCCAGUGUGACAACUGUGGGGUGACUGUGCACGAAGGAUGCUAUGGCGUGGAUGGUGAGAGCGACUCAAUCAUGAGCUCUGCCUCAGAGAACUCAACAGAGCCUUGGUUCUGUGACGCCUGUAAGAACGGAGUGACUCCCAGCUGUGAGCUGUGUCCCAACCAGGAUGGCAUCUUCAAAGAGACAGAUGCUGGGAGAUGGGUGCAUGUGGUUUGUGCACUUUAUGUUCCCGGAGUUGCAUUUGGAGACAUAGAUAAACUACGACCAGUGACGCUCACAGAGAUGAAUUAUUCAAAAUAUGGGGCCAAGGAGUGCAGUUUCUGUGAGGACACCCGCUUUGCGAGGACCGGUGUGUGCAUCAGCUGUGAUGCAGGAAUGUGCCGAUCAUAUUUCCAUGUCACCUGUGCGCAGAGGGAGGGGCUCCUGUCUGAGGCUGCUGCAGAGGAGGAUAUUGCUGAUCCAUUUUUUGCAUACUGCAAACAACAUGCAGACCGCUUUGACAGGAAGUGGAAAAGGAAGAAUUACCUGGCCCUACAAUCAUACUGUAAGGUCUCUCUACAGGAAAGAGAGAAACAGCUUACUCCUGAAGCUCAGAAUGGCAACUUGUGUGUAUCCAACCUGCAGGCCCGAAUCACAACCCGCCUGCAGCAGUACAGGGCAAAAGCAGAGCUGUCCAGGAACACUCGGCCUCAGGCAUGGGUGCCCCGGGAGAAGCUACCACGACCUCUGACCUCUAGUGCCUCAGCCAUCAGGAAACUGAUGAGAAAAGCGGAGUUGAUGGGCAUCAGCACUGACAUUUUCCCAGUGGACACGUCUGAUGCCAAUGCUAGCUUGGAUGGACGCAGGAAGCAUAAGCAGCCGGCUCUCACUGCAGACUUCGUGAACUACUACCUUGAGCGUAACAUGCGAAUGAUCCAGAUCCAGGACAACAUCUCUGAACAGAAGAACUUAAAAGACAAGCUGGAGAGCGAGCAAGAAAAACUGCAUGUGGAGUACAACAAGCUCUGUGAGUCCCUGGAGGAGCUGCUCAAUGUGAAUGGAGAGCUGCGGAGUGAAGGCCAGGCCAUGUGGACUCUGCUGGGAGGCAUGCUGGGCCAGAAACUAAAUACCCCAGCUGUUCUGAAAGCCCCGAAAGAGAGGAAGCCCAGCAAGAAGGAGGGAGGAACCCCAGGGAAGUCAUCAAGCCUGCCAGCAAUCCUCUACAGUUGUGGCAUCUGUAAGAAGAACCAGGACCAACAUCUGCUGGUAUUGUGUGACACCUGCAAGCUCUACUACCACCUGGGCUGCCUGGAGCCACCACUAACACGCAUGCCCAAGAAGACCAAGAACAGCUACUGGCAAUGCUCAGAGUGUGACCAGGCUAGCAGCGAUGAGGCAGAUAUUGCCAUGGAGACGCUACCAGACGGCACCAAGAGGUCCAGAAGGCAGAUCAAGGGACCAAUCAAAUUCAUCCCUCAGGAGAUGUCGCCAGAGCCCAAGAAACAUCAGAGAACCAGAGGGCAGAAGAGGAAGAGAGUUCCCAUCUGUGAAGACAGAGAAGAUAAAAUUGAGGAACCACAGCCACGGGAACGCCGACAACGCCAGUCUGCAAUGCAGAAAAAACCCAAAGCUGAUGACACAAGGACUGAGUGUACAACCUGCAAAGGACCAGGCGACAACGAGAACCUUGUGAGGUGUGACGAGUGCCAGCUCUGCUAUCACUUCGGGUGUCUCGACCCCCCGCUGAAGAAAUCCCCCAAGCAGACAGGAUAUGGCUGGAUCUGCCAGGAGUGUGACACAUCCUCCUCCAAGGAGGAAGAGGAGGAGCAGCUGGAAGAUGACUCGGUUAAAGAGGAAACAGCAGAGCAGGAGAUUCCAAACUGAACCAGAGCAAGAGGACACAAACACACCACUGCUCUGUGGCUUCACCUCUAGUCUGUUCAGACUACAGCACACGUAACUUUCUACUAGCCUCCCAAAGUUUCUAGACAGCCAGCAGUUAGAUUCCACUCUAGAUAGUUUUAGCUACCAGAGGUGUAUUUUAGAAAGCACUAUUUAAAUGGUAAUAUCUUUAGAUUCAAGGGUAAAGUUUGUACUUUUUAUGAACUAGGCUGGACAGACUGACGGACAUCUCGCAGAUUUCCGACAGCGUAAUGAGACAGCACAUCAGAGCAUCCAGCCACAGGGCACACACACCACUAUGCUUCUUCUACAGCAGAGAUAUGUGUCUGACUGUUAAUGCCCAGCCACCUGAUGUAUUUAUGACACUUUCCAUGCAAUCUAUUUUCAUAUACUAAUGAUCAUCAGACAGUGUGUCCACACAGAGUAUCCUCAGUGUCCUGUUUACAAAAUGAAGCUAACAGAGUGGGGGGGGAGCUUUUCUCUCCAAGUCCACAGAACACUUCUUCUUCUUCCCUGCCGAUCAUGCUCACACCGCUCUGACGUCAGCAGUGAAGUGCUUUCCCCCCAUCUUGAAUGCAUUUCACUCAACAUUUGACUAAAGGAUUUUAUUUUUAUAUUUCUUCAUAUCUUCUUACUUAGCCCAUUUUAAAUAUCUACUUAUUUCCUCAGUUACGUAUUAACACCUAUGUGUAUUAAGUAUUAACUUUGUUUUUUUGUGUUAAAAGACAAAUCCGUUUUUAUUUUUUAUUUACAUAAUCUUUAAGUGCUACAAACCUCUAUUUUGUCUUUGGAUUUGCAAUAAAAGUAUGUCAUGUUUAGGAAAUGUGUCUACUCGAAGAUUGUAUUUACUUACUUUGUAAAGUAGUAUUAGUUUGGGGUUAUUUUUAUUCUCUGGUUCUCUGACCUGCUAGUAGUCUGUGGUCCUGACUGGGUGUCUAAGCUCACUGAGAAUUAUCACUCACUCUGCAAAGUUAAGCAACUGGAAAUUAAUUGAGAGAGGUAGCAGGUGUUCAUAGCUUUAUACUCAAAUCAUACACUACAUGUAUUUUGAUGUUAAAUAUGGCAGAUUUGACCACAAAUUAGGAACAAGAGUUGACAAGAGUCAACAGUUGAUUUGAAGUGAUGCUUACAUUUAGCAUUUAUGACUGUUAUCGAGGAGCUAACAAAUCGUUAGAUUUGACCAGAGGCUACUGUCAGACUCUCACAGUAAAUCUGGAAUUAUCCCUUAAAGUGCCAAUAAAUCUGAACUGCAAAGGUU